AUGUCAAUCCAUGAGAAGCUCUUCCCAUCCUCUCUCGAUCUUAUUCCCCUUGCCGAUGCCGAAUCCAUCGAAGAAGACACCUCUACCCUCUUCGCUUCCUCCUCCUUCUCUUCCGAGAACUCUGGCCUCGGCAUGCUCUCCUCCAAUACCAACCUCCUUCAUCUGACAGUCCAUCUUCCUCCGCCGUAUGGCGACAGAGGGUUAGAGAUCGCGCAGAGCCCAAGCGGGUUGCGGGAGAAGGGGUCUACGACUGGAAAUGCUGUGUGGAGGGUAACGCCGCCGCUGGUGGAGUGGGUUAUGGAGAAUGAGUGGUUCUCAUCGUUGUUGAGCAGCGAGAGUACAACUGUGCUUGAGCUUGGAGCGGGUGUUGCCGGAAUUUUGCCUGCGGUGCUGGCACAUAGGGUCAAAACGUAUGUUGCAACGGAUCAUUCACAGCAAAUUCUAAAGAUCCUGCGGCGUAACAUUGAGGAAAACCUAGUUCUACUGAAUGCGACCACGAGCGGCAAGAAAAAGAAGGCGUCUACGGAGAAGGCAGAUAUCAUGGACCGUGUGAUUAUUGACGACCUGGAGUGGCUUCACCCACCAACAGCAUACCUCCCUUCCCUUUCCUCCAUGACCAAGGGCACAGGGUUUUCAAUCAUCUUUGCAUGUGAUACAAUCUAUAACGAAGCACUCAUCACCCCUCACGUAUCAACUCUGCACCACAUCUGCUCAACCCGUCCCGCCGAUCUACCACCAACCCUUGUCAUGGUUGCUACCGAGCUGCGGUCAUAUGAAGUGCAUACCGAAUUCUUGCAAGAAUGGACAGAGAGCGGGUUUGAGGUCUACCGUGUUAGCGAGGACGCCUUGAGUGAUAACUUGAAGGAGGGAUUUGCUGUGUAUAUCGGCGCUCUGAGGCGAUGA